AAAGUAUUUUUAGCGCACGAGUGGGACAUCAGUAGCAUUCGCCUUUCCUGCAACGCUCCAGUAUCCAACUGAUAACAUAGCUAGUUAGCUACGUCAGUGAGUGCAUCUUGUGAGAGUUGCUGAUGUGAACAAAGAAAAGUUGCAGGAGACUUGUAAAUUUCUAUACAGAUGUGCGGAAAUUUGAGUCGUGUAGCGCAACCCCCGGGCCGCGGCCCGGUACCAGGCCGUGGGUCAUUUGGUACCGGGGCGCACAGAAAAAAAAUAAUUUCCAUUUCAUUUUUUUCUGUUUUAUUUUGAAAAGUGGCCGGAUUCUCUCUAUUACAUCCGUCUCACUUGACGCAUGUCCAUUGUGCGUGUGCUAACUUUAUCUCAUGCCGCACAGAUAGACUACUACUGUAUUUUUACCAUUUUUCUUUCACCUAAUAUUUGGUCUCAAAUGCUGAUACUAUGUGGGAAUGCAUAAAGCUGUCAGGAUACAGCGGGACUCUUUAGCACCCGCAGAGGUUCCAACAAGCUCUGUAAGAAAUACCGAACAGAAGGUGAUGACGGACGGGACUUCCAAGAAGUAAAUCAAAACCUCAAUGGCAACCCAACUGCAAAGGAGAGGACCAUCAUGGAGGAGAGCGCUGAUCGGCCAGACGGUGCCAUCAGUACCAGUAGUUUCCUAAAACAUGACAAAAACUUCCACAAACUGUUCCCAGAGGUCCCCGAAGGAGACAGCCUGACACACACUUUUGUUUGCACCCUGCAGAAGGAGGUGUUGUAUUACGGCAAACUGUAUGUUUCUGAAAACUACGUGUGUUUCCACUCAUCCGUGCUGCUUAAAGACACCAAGGUGGUGAUUCCUCUAUCCAGCGUGCAGGAGGUGAAGAAACAUAACCCAGCUUUGUCCAUGUUAUCUAUACAAACCGCUGAUGGGGAGAAGUAUUUCUUUGUGUCUUUGUGGAACCGAGAGAUGUGUUACAACCUCCUCCAGAGGCUCUGCUCACAGGAACAGGAAGGCAGUGUCCACAGCAGCGCUCAGGAAUCCUCUGCUGAGAAUGACACUGAUUACAAUCUGGUGUCCAGUCUGCCCUUUGGGAAGAGUGAAGAUCAUGAUCAGAAUGGCAGUUAUGUGGAUGGCAUCUUUCCCCCACCAGCUAAUGGAGAUGGUCCUGUGAGCACAUCCACAAGAGAAGAGGUGGAGGACGGUGUGUCAUCAUUGUGGCUUUGGAGGGUCAUGGAGGACAUCACCUUUUUUUUCCUCCGACAAAGUGUGAAUUUCAGCAUGGUCUUCUACAUCUACGUGAUUUUGGUGGUGCUGCUGCUGUUGGUAUCCACUUACAUUGGCUUCCGGAUAAUUGCGCUGGAGGAGCAGCUGAAUACUUUAGGAGCUCUCACGGAGCUGUCCUUGCACCACAGAAACUAUCAAGAAACAUAGCCAGGGGCAACAACCACCACACAACGUCUUCCAACAAGUCCCUGCUAAGUGUCACUCUCAAUUGAAUAAGAUGUUUGGCACACUGUAUAAAUAGCAUUUCUUUUUCAAGGAGCAGAGCGUGUGGCGCUGGAAUUUAAAUUGUGCUGAGUUUGUGCUAUUUUUCUACAGAACUGCGUGUCAGCAAUAAGACGCUUGCUAAAGUCACUUACAGUGGAGAUGAUUGUGUUGGCCGAAAGAAGACAUGAGGACAAUCAGGGACAUACUCACUGUCGUUGCUGCUCUCCAUAAGCGGACCACGUGGAAGCACUUUGAGUGUGACAGUUUCGACAGUUUCAAUUCCAUAGGCUUUUGAAUAUAGUGGAACCUCGCCCCGUUUUUUAUGAAAAUGAUGCUAAAAAAAAAAAAGAUGCUCACCGUACGGUCAAACAGUGCGACAACAAACUAGUCCAUGGAGUCUGUUCUUUUUUAUAUGUGCAUUAAAUACGACUGCAUACAAAUUACAAGUCCCAGAACAUUGAUGAAGACGGUGAGAAACACUACUGAUUUCAAGAAAUAACAUGCAUAGCAAAGUACGACGGUAGCGUCUGUUACAAUAGGAUUGUAAUGUAAAGUUUCCUUUGUUAACGAAUGGUGAUAGUGAGCCAGGCCAGUGUGUGCCAUGAUUUUACCUGCUGCUGAAGUUUACAAUAAAGUUGGAGUACCCAC